GGCAGGUAUAAAAGGCAACCCCAGUCCCUGCUCUCUCAUCCACUUCUCUUGCCUCCUUCUGCUUGGGAACCAGACAUGUCCUGCUACACCCCGUGCCGGCCCUGCCAGCCCUGCGGCCCGACCCCGCUGGCCAACAGCUGCAAUGAGCCCUGUGUCAGGCAGUGCCAGGACUCCACUGUGGUCAUUGAGCCGCCGGCUGUGGUGGUGACCCUGCCCGGGCCCAUCCUCAGCUCCUUCCCACAGAACACCGUGGUGGGAUCCUCCACCUCCGCUGCCGUUGGCAGCAUCCUCAGCUGUGACGGAGUGCCCAUCAACUCCGGGGGCUUUGACCUCUCCUGCAUCACCAGGCGCUAUGGUGGCAGGAGGGGCCUCCCCUGCUAA